AUGAACCCCAUGAAUCUGACACCGUACUUUUUCCGGGCCAAAGCCCAGCUCGACAAGGAGGACAUUACCAUGGCAACGCUUGUUACACGCAACCGCUUCCAAGUGCUUUCUCGACUUGCGACCAACCACAAAGGACCGAUUUCUGCUGCUGUGCAUAUCAACGAUGACGAGACCAAGGACGAGGUCAUGAAGGAGCUUCGAGACUUGUACGCGGGAAACGCAGACAUGCAGCAAUACGUCGACCUGCAUCUGAUCAUUGACACGUACGACCGCCAAUUCAACCUGUGGCGCAAUGUCGCAAAGCUGUUUGCACGCACGGAUUAUAUCAUGAUGCUCGAUGUGGACUUUCAUCUGUGUACCGACCUCCGAAAAUCAAUCCGAUCCAACCCCGAUAUCAUGGACCGCCUGCGCGACGGCCGUACUGCCCUCGUUGUCCCUGCAUUUGAGUUUGAGAAGCAGGCGGACGGAAACGACUGGCACACAUUCCCGACCAAUAAGGACGACCUGGUGCAGCUCGUCCAAGACGGCAAGAUUGGCAUGUUCCACAACAAUUGGUUCAAGGGUCACGGAUCCACAGACUACCCGCACUGGUACGAAACCGACGAACUUUACCAGGUCACCCACUAUGACUUUUCCUACGAGCCCUACAUCAUCUACAAGAAGGAGGGCUCGCCCUGGUGUGAUGAGCGCUUCAUUGGCUAUGGCGCCAACAAGGCUGCCUGUCUCUAUGAAAUCUACUUGUCCGGCAUUGAGUACUGGGUCUUGCCCAAUGACUUUUUGAUUCACCAGACCCAUCGCUAUCCCGAGGAUGCACGCAGAAAAGAGCGCCAGUACAAUCGCAAGCUGUACAUCAACUACCGUGAGGAGGCGUGUCUACGCUAUGCACGCAAGUUUUUCAUGUCAGGCGAAUGGGAGACGACCAGAGCCGACAACCUCAAACACGAGUGUGCAAAGAUUCAUGGGUUCCAGAGGAACUUUAUGACGACUACCCAGUAG